AUGGGGGAACACAAUCGACCAGCGGUACUGUUUCGAGACGCCGGCGUAGUACACAGGCGCGGCGCGCAGACGGGGGCGCUGUGGUCUCGGAUUGCAGAAGGUGUCACCGGACCCGCCUCUUUCCCCGCCCGCCCGUGUCGCAGGGAAGCCCGGCGGAGCAGGCUCGGCCACAUCGCGGCCGCGCGGGCACAGUCGCCCAGCAGAGUGCGGACCUCGCGCCGCCUUUGUCCGCCGGUGGCAGCUGGCGCGGGAGCUCGGGGUGGCGCGGGUCCCCGGGCACCGGCACAGUGGGGCGGCGGCGGGGUGUCCGAUCGACCCGGCUCGGGGACUCAGGAGCGAGCUGUUGCACAGGUGCUCUUUUCACCUGCGCCCUCAUCCGUGGCUACUCAGUUCCAGGGGGUCUCCGCCUGGAGCAACCGAGAUUGCCCCGAGGGAAACCUCCGUGAGUUUCCUGGAUGGGAGUUCUCGCUCUCACCCCACCUCGAGCCUGCUGUGGUGUCAGUGGAUGGGCGGCCUGUGAGACUCCAGCUCUGUGACACGGCAGGACAGGACGAGUUUGACAAGCUGAGGCCCCUCUGCUACACCAACGCAGAUAUCUUCCUUCUGUGCUUCAGCGUGGUGAGCCCCACCUCCUUCCAAAACGUCAGUGAGAAGUGGGUACCGGAGAUUCGGUGUCACUGCCCGAAGGCCCCCAUCAUCCUGGUUGGGACCCAGUCGGACCUUAGAGAAGAUGUCAAAGUGCUCAUCGAACUGGACAAAUGCAAGGAGAAGCCAGUCCCCGAGGAGGCAGCGAAACUGUGUGCUGAGGAAAUCAAAGCUGUCUCCUAUAUUGAAUGCUCAGCUUUGACUCAGAAAAACCUCAAAGAGGUGUUUGACGCCGCCAUUGUUGCUGGUAUCCAGCACUCGGACUCCCAGCAACAGCCCAAGAAGUCUAAAAGCAGGACCCCAGAUAAGGUGCGGGACCUGUCCAAGUCCUGGUGGAGAAAGUACUGCUGCCUGGCCUGACCCUCGCCUGACCCUCGCAAGCAGUUGGUGUUUAAGCUGCAAGAACUCUUUGUGUCACGUGGGUGUGGUCGUAGGACAAGCCCUCAAAAGCGUGCCCCUUUGUCCUUAAUUUCCUGUCUGGGAGACUGGAGUUGAGAUUCAUAUGCAAACUAUGUUAGAGAAAUUUGGAAGUUAAGUUGUUUGGCUUUUGUUUUUGUUUUUUGUAACUCUGGAAACUUAGAGCUGUAGACCUCUGGAUUAAUUUAUAUUUCAUAUGAAAAGGGCUCUUCCAAGCUAGGUUACCAUGAAGUUCUGCUGCAUUGUACAGGACAAAGGAGACCCUGCCGCUCUCCUGACUAAGGGCUACUGAGUGCUCAGUGAAUGAAGGGCACACCAGACUUGGUGAGAAUCAGCCCUGGCUUCGAAACCACACAAACCAUACCUGUUUUUGUAAGCGCGAAAGUCUGAAGAAAAGAUCUGCUCCGGAGGACCAGAAGACCUCACACUCGUCCCUAUGUCAUUCACUCAUUACUUAAGAUUCUAAACCAAAACAUCCCGCUGGCUCCUGACAUUGUGCCGUCUGAAGAGAACACUUGCUUGUAAUGCUUUCUGUUUUGUUUUGAAUCACAUGACCAGUUGGGUUGCUAUGAAAAUGGUGGGAAUGGCUCUUGGAAGGCAAGUGCUGGGUGCAGGGCUGGCAUUAUUUUCAGGGAGCACCUGACUCCUGUUGAGAUCAGAGAGUGCUCUUUGCUUUCAGGACUGGAUGUGCACUGGGCCAUCUGUGUCCUGGUGAUGAAAUCAAGAGGAAGUUCUUGUCUAGGGACGUAAAGCCGCCAUCUCACAGCAUCCAUUUGCAAGAAGGGUGUUCCUUCCCUGAGAGAAGCCAUAGUCGACUGUGGGACACACACACACACACACACACACACACACACACACACACACACCUUAAGUGUGCUAAAAUGUCCAUCUGGGUACACACUUGUAUGUUUGUGUGCAUGUACACACGAGUGUGUGCACACACAGGUGGCUGGUUUGCUGUUGAAAUUUUGAGACACACAAAAGCGUGGUUGCAGGUGUCAGGGUGGCAUGCCUUCCUCUUGACAUUUCUUUGAACAGACAUCAUUUUGUAGAAUGUUAUCUUCAUUUACACAUUUUUGAAACUAUCUUAAAAUGUGGGAUGAGCAUACUUUUGAUGUUCAGAAGAUCAUGCUGUGGCACUUGUCCUUUACAGGGAGGGUCUUACCGCUGACUGUCCCGAGACUGUCCUGUGUUAGGAAAGCACUUUCACAGUGUUAUAGGUACUUCCAAGACGCCGCAGGGGCCAGGCAAUGAAUCCCAGCUUCUCGUUUGCUGUGGGCAAGGUACCUCUUUGUGGCCACCUGGUAACAAAAUUUUCUGUCUGUGAAAAAAUUUUUUUAUACAAAAAAAAUCAACCUUAUGCUUUUCUAUAGAAAAAAAAGUAAAAAGAUCAGGUCAUAUUUCAGGUCAAAGACUUCUUCCUGCUGGCGAAUAGGACCUAGGACUUUCUUUAUUAAAAUGAAAAGGUUAAUUGCUGAACCACCAGGAAAGAUGAACUGUUUGUGCCUGAGCCUCCAGCACAGUGCCAGUGACAUCAGCCGCACUUUCCUGAUGCAUCUCACUGUGGACAGAGCUUACUGCCCUACUGUGCUUGGCUGCCUGGAAAGCCCGCCUCCAAGAGGAGGCUCCGCCUAUCCUGUGUAUAGAAGGUGGGUGGGGAGGAGUGAGUUAUUUAAUUUUAAACGUUAUAAUAAAAGCAAAUGUAGUGGAGACCAAGGAAAUGAACAUUUAGAACACAGACUUGAAGGAUGGUGCCAGGACCGUGGGGCCUCGCGCCUGGCCUCUGGGCCACUGGGAAGUGGCAUGAAGGAUGUUAUGUGACCAAGCUCUGGGCACUUCCUUCCGGGAUGGAUAUUCCUGGGCUGUUAUGCCACAAAUCUACUGGGCUGACACUGACCUGCAAGUUUUCAAUAUAUUACUGCGUCCGAUGGAGUAAUAAGGUCUAAAUGUACUUGAGGUUUUCCUGCAUUUUUACUUUACGAAAAUAGAGAUUUGGGCUGAGAAAUUUUUAAAAGUACGUGCCUGAGUGAAAUGUAAAAUUGAUUCUCUUUGUGGCUGAAAAGUGGCAGAAUAUACAGGCUGGUGUCUUGGGAGGGCUCUGUGAGCCGUGUGCGUAGCCAUGUCUCUUUAGACUCUCAGUGUAGGCCGAGUCACCUGGAAAACAGACUAGCAGGCCGCAAAGCUGUCGCCUCACCGCGUGUGCAAGCAAACUUUUGAUACCUUUAUUUUCUGCUCAACAGACAUGUGAGCAGCUCCCCAGAAGUCCAAGCCAAGAGGGGAGCCUCACCGCUCUGCAGGUGCCUUACCAGCUUGUGCUCUUCUGUUUCCACGUGUCAACGAUGUUGGACAGAAUCUUGUACUUGAAAAAUGCUAUAAAUGAGUCACUAUGAAAUAAACUCUGACCUGUGGA